AUGUUCACUGGGAAACUUGUCCUUAACCAAUCUGGCACUCCUGAGUUUGUGUUCCGUGUCUUCACCAAUGUCCCCGAAUUCCAGGCUCUUCUUUUCACCCUUUUCCUCUUGCUCUAUCUGAUGAUCAUCUGUGGCAACACUGCCAUCGUCUGGGUGGUGUGCACCCACAGUUCCUUGCGCACGCCCAUGUAUUUUUUCCUUAGCAGUCUGUCUCUCCUGGAAAUCUGUUAUACCACAGAUGUGGUGCCCCUGAUGCUUUCUAAUAUCUUUGGGGCCCAGAAGCCUAUAUCUCUGGCUGGCUGUGGGACACAAAUGUUCUUCUUCCUCACACUAGGAGGUACUGAUUGCUUUCUCUUGGCAAUCAUGGCCUAUGACAGGUAUGUGGCCAUCUGUCAUCCCCUGCACUACAGCCUCAUCAUGACCCAGAAGCUGUGUAUCCAGAUGGUGAUGGGCUCUUUGAGCUUGGCACUAUCCUCCCUGCAGCUCACGGCCUUAAUUUUCACCUUGCCCUUCUGUGGACAUGACCUGGAAAUCAACCACUUCCUCUGUGAUGUGCCCCCAGUUCUACGACUAGCCUGUGCUGACAUCCAUGUGCACCAGGCAGUCCUCUAUGUAGUGGGCAUCCUGGUGCUGACAGUCCCAUUCUUGCUUAUCUUCAUUUCCUAUGUGUUCAUUGUUUCUACCAUCCUGCGCAUGCGCUCUGAAGAGGGCCGUCAAAGGGCCUUUUCCACCUGCUCUUCCCACCUCACUGUGGUCUUGCUACAGUAUGGUGGCUGUAGCUUGGUGUACCUGAGGCCCCGCUCAAGUAGCUCUGAUGAGGAGGACCGCCAAAUAGCCCUGGUCUACACAUUCGUGACUCCAUUACUCAACCCUCUGAUUUAUACCCUCAGGAACAAGGAAGUCAAAGAUGCUCUGAGGAACUCCAUCUUCUGUAAAUCAGCAUCUCACUGGAGUUAA